GGUGCAUUCCUAUGUUUAGACACUCCUCAAUUUGUUAUAAUUUUUUAUUUAAUUGUGUUAUCAUUUAUCUUAUCACUCAAUAUUAGAUUAAACAAACUGUCCGUUGGCUUGUUGCUGGUGUUAUAAAUUCGUAAAAAUGCUAAUUGUUAUAUUUUUUUAGUAUUUAAUCAUAAAUUUUAAUUUUUUUAUUUAAGAAAUAAAAAUCUAUUGAUAUCUACAAUCUUAAUCUUUAUGGUUUAAAAAUAUAAUUUUCGUGCCUUAAUUGAUUGAGAAUAUCAAAAAAUAGAAACUACACAAUGGAUAUUGAUGUGGUGAAGGUAGGCUAUGCUAUGCCUAAAUUGGAUGAAGUAAAAAAAGAACUUUUCAACAGCUUGAAUGAACUCCUCGCUCGAGGACUUAAAACCAGUUUUCAAUGGGCUUCAGAUCUUCUUUUGUCAUUAGAAGUUGGGAAUUCCCCAAAGCCAUUACCUAAAAAAAUUGAAGGUUACAAAAGACCAAAUUUUUAUUCCAAAGAAGUACUUAAACGUUUACCAGUUAUAAAACCUACGGAUAUUUAUUCUAUUGACCACAUUUCUAUACCUUACAAUGAAAUGGAACAAUAUAUUCAUGCACGAGCAUGUUACAAUCUUAAAGAAUAUCAAAGAGCAUCAUUUUGGCUAAAAAAUUGUCAUUCAAAAAUACCAUUAUUUUUGAGAUAUUAUUCUGAUUAUUUAGCAGCUGAUAGUAGUAUUAAAAACAUUGGUAGUGAAGCAACACCUUCCAUGUUUGAUGAUUACCGAUUAAGCUUAGAUAUACUAUCUAAAAAGUUAAUGGCUUUACGCAAAGAAAAUAAGGCAGAUGGAUAUUUAUUAUAUUUACUUGGUGUGGUUUCUGUAAAAUUAGAACAAUAUGAUAAUGCAGUUGAAACACUUUUAGAAUCUAUUCAUAAGGUACCACUCAACUGGCAUGCCUGGAUGCAGCUUGGUGAUCUUAUUGUUGACAGAAUUAAACUGUCUAAACUAGAGUUACCCAAUCAUUGGAUUAAAAAUUUCUUUUUAUGUCAAAAAUAUUUGGACUUGCAGCUAAAUGAGCAGAUGUUGGGUGCAGCACAGUAUUUAUAUAAUUGUGGUUUUGCUGAUAGCAUAUUUCUUCUUUCAAGAGUAGCUGUUUGUUAUCAUAAUAAAAGAUACAUUGAAAUAGCAAUUCAAAAGUUCCAAGACCUCAUUGAAAUUGAACCUUGUCGAUUAGAAAAUAUGGACACAUAUUCAAAUUUAUUAUAUGUACAACAUCAAAGAGUGGAACUGGCUUAUCUUGCUCAACGUGUUGUUAAAAUUGAUAAAUAUCGAGUUGAAACUUGUUGUAUACUUGGAAAUUAUUAUAGUCUUCACGGUGAACAUUUAAAAGCGAAUCGUUAUUUCCAUCGUGCACUUAAAUUGAAUCCUUUGUGUUUGGCUGCGUGGACAUUACUUGGCCAAGAAUAUAUGGAACUUAAAAAUUCUAAUGAUGCUAUACAGAGUUAUAGUAAAGCUUUAGAAAUAAACAAAUACGAGUACAGAGCAUGGUAUGGUUUGGGUCAAACAUAUGAAAUUUUGGGUAUGUUUAAACAUAGCCUUCAUUUUUUCAAACAAGCACAACUGCUUAGACCCUUUGAUAGCCGUAUGAUAAUUGCUGUUGGCAAUGUGUAUGAAAAAUUGGGUAAUAUAGACAUGGCAUUUCAAAGUUAUUUAAAAGGACGAGCGAUGGGAGAUGAUGAAAAACUUGGACUUAUUUACUUGGCUAAAUUAUAUGUUGUAAUUGAAAGACCUGAUGAUGCUGCAAAAAUGUUUUUAGAAUAUAUUGAAGAACAUGGAUUAGAUGAACAGACACGUGAUCACAGUCAUGCUUAUAUGUUCCUUGCAAAUUACAAUUUAAAUCGUAUGAAUUAUGAUCAAGCAUUUCAUUAUGCCCAAAAGUGCUUGAACUAUGCAGAAACUAAAGAAGAAGCUAAAGCAUUGCUGAAAACAAUUGUACAUGAAAGAGUACAUAUGGAAGUUGACCAAUCAAUAUGGAUGUCAAUGAAUGAUAAACAAUCCAAAGUCAUGGAUUAUGAUAAAGAAAUACCUAGACAAUUACAAAUGUUAUCACUUACACAAAAACCUGAAAGCAAUACAAAGGAAGAAAGUGACACCAACAAUGAUGAUGAUGAUGAUGAGGAUGAUAGUGAAGAAGAAUGUUUAUGUAAUAGUAUAACAAUGUAUAUGGAUUUAAAAUUAGAAAAAUAAAAUAUAGUAAUUUAUAAAUUAUCUGUAUAA